AUGCUCCAGAAGAUCUCGCAAAGAACCGUCGAGCUGAGAGAGCUCAAGGUAAAACGAGAACUGCGUAUGGCGGAGAUGCUUGGGCAAAUUCACGAGCUCUGGCGCGAGCUGCAGAUCCCUGAAGAAGAGCGGGAUUGUUUCCGGGAAACCGUAAAUAGAGCCGGAAAGGCUGCUCUCGCAUCGUACGAGGCGGAGUUGACAAGGCUCCAGCAUCACCACAAACGAUUCGCUGCGACUGCCGUCCAAGUUUCGAAAAUGCGUGAUGCCAUAACAGAGCACUGGGAUCUUCUAGGCUACAGUCCCGACCAGCGCAGAUACUUCGAUACAAUGAUGACAACACCCGACUCAGGGGUGUCCUACAAGAUCUUUCGGGCGCACGAGAAAGCGCUUGUAAGCCUGAAGCGUCAUGCAUUUGGGAUGAGGGAACUCACCAGCUGUGUUGCCAAACGAGAGGAUAUUCUUCAAGCUCGCACACAGUAUGGCGCCCCCGACGAGAAGACACGUUUACGUAUUGAGAGAGAGCUGCCUAAAUACACCACGAUACUGUUGAACCGUAUUGCCAAGUGGGAGAGCGAUACCGGCGUGGUGUUCCGCUGGAAAGGUAAUAAUAUGCGUAACUUAGUAUGGUUAUAA